GUAAUUGUGAACGUACCCAACGCCCGGCUUGCUGACAGCGUCUUAGGAAUAUCGUGUAUUAUUACGCUUCUGCUAAUGAGGAAAAUGAAGGAUAUUAAUCUCCCGUCUAGCCAAAAAGGCUUUAAGAAAGCCCUGUGGUUGCUGUCAACAUCCAGAAAUGCCAUUAUUGUUUUGUUGUGCUCCAUAAUGGCAUUCUUUUUGGAAAGACACUCGGAGUCCCCUUUCAAACUCACUGGAACUGUCAAAGAUGGUUUCCCGACUUGGAGGGCGCCGCCUUUCCGCACCGAACACGGCGGGAGGAAUGUCACAUUCAUCGAGAUGUGCUCUGAUCUUGGCUCCUCCAUAGUUCUGGUGCCUAUCAUCGGAGUUCUGGGCAACGUCGCCAUCGCCAAAGCCUUUGCCAGUGGCGAAUCGGUCGACGCUACACAGGAACUGCUGACGCUGUCGCUGGCCAAUAUUUUCGGUUCGUUUGUCAGCGCGAUGCCAAUCACCGGUUCAUUUUCUCGCAGCGCAGUGAACCACGCCAGUGGGGUGGCCACGCAAUUCGGGAGUAUUUACACGGGUAUUUUGGUGCUGUUGGCAUUGAGUCUUCUAACGCCCUAUUUUUACUUCAUACCGAAGGCUUCUUUGGCUGCCGUGGUGAUCUGCGCCGUCAUAUUUAUGAUAGAAUACGAGGUGGUGAAGCCGAUGUGGCGGUCGCGACGCGCUGACCUAAUGCCGGCCUUCGCGACGUUCGCCGUCUGCUUGGCCGUCGGCGUGGAGGUGGGCAUAGUUGCCGGCGUGGCGCUGAACGUUGUUCUGCUGCUGUACCCGAGCGCCAGGCCGCAGCUGGACGCCGAGAUUGUGACAUCCUGCUGGCUCGAGAUUGUGACUGUGAAUCUGCCAAUGCUAAUCCCCUGCCUGCUGGCUCGAGAUUGUCACUGUGAGUCGGCUAAUGUUAAUCCCGAGCCUGCUGGCUGGAGAUUGUCAUUGCAAUACGUCACAAGGGCCGCUAAGAAACAAGGCGGUUGCAGUAUGCCCGUUGUCAUCGACUGCAGAUAUGUCCUCGGUGCUGAUUUCACGGCAGCGAAAGGUCUCUGCGCCCUAUCGAAUGCGCUGUCAUCCAGGGGACAGCCCUUGGUUUUGCUGUCACCAAGAGCCAGUGUCGCUUCGGUAUUUAGUGGGGCCGGGUCCAGCGUCGUGUUCGUGCUAACACCAAAUGAAUUAGAUGCAACGUUGCAAGAUCUCACCGGCCAGAUAGCGUUGCCGCGCAUAGACAAGAGAGAAAACAACUUGACACCCCCGCCAACAUAUAGUUCCUUACAAAAUCUUGACGAAAACGUUACCGAAAUCGUAAUAGGCGAAGAGCAGAAUAACGUACCUUUGUUGAGAAUCACGAACACGACUGAGCUAUCAAAAAACAGUAAAAACGAGAUCAACGACACU